AUGGCGGCGAUUUCCCGAGUAGAAGGCGAAUGCGACGAGAACGAGGGUUGGGGAGACGGUGUUCGGCAGGAAAGAGGGCCGGGGAGGGAGGGAGGAGUUGAUUCGUACGAAGGACGGCCGGGAAGGCGAGAGGGAUUUGUUCCAUAUGAAGGAGGGUCGGGAAGGCGAGAGGGAUUUGAUCCAUAUGAAGGAGGGUCGGGAAUGCGGGAGGGGUAUGACCCGUAUGAAGGAGGGUCGGGAAGACACGGGGGAUAUGAACCGUACGAAGGAGGGCCGGCAAAGGGGGAAUCUUAUCGUUACGAAGCAGACGCGCCUGGUUUGCAGCGUCGCGGAUUGUUCAGACGCGGCAGCGAGCCGUGCGAGUGGUAUUUGAUGGAUGAGGAGGGCGAAGGGGAGGAGGACAAGGAGCGAGAGGCGUGGGUAGAAGAGGCGGAAGAGGGGGGAGUGGAGAGGGGAGAGGGGGAAGAAGAUGGGGAAGAAGUGGGGGAAGAGGGGGAACAGUGGGAAGUGGAAGGGGAAGAGUGGGAAGAGGAGGGGGAGGGCGACAUGUACUGUGUUCGCGCGCGUUCUGUUACUCAGGCUUUCCCCAUGUCCAGUUCACUCCAAGGAGAAUCAAUGCACAUUCGUAGCAAUAAGAGCCUCUUUCCGAAGUCGUUAUCUGGGCCUAACUUCCAAAUCCCUUCCGCUCCGCCCGCUCCUUCCGUCCGCCGAUUCCUCCACCACUCCUCCGCCCCAAGCCCUGCAGCCUCCACGCAUCCCGCGACGCCCCCAGGAGCGGAAAGCCGCGUGCUUCCCCCUACGGCGGGCGCGCAGGGGACUCUACUCCGCAAGUCCUCCGCUCCCCCCUUGCGCGCCUCUGCCCCUGCGACCCGCAUUUUCGCGGAAACAUACGCCCCUGGGUGGGGUUCGUUCAGCGAACGCGCGGAGAAUACCAGUGCUACUUUUGCGGAUACUGCUGUAGGUACUACAGCGGAUAUUGCUUCGGGUACUACCGCGGAUGCUGCUGCAGGAAUCGCGUGUAAAGAUGCCACUUUAACGCGCAGACGCACAGUGGGAGCGAUGCCGGUGUUUGGAAGCCGAUUGGUGGCUGACACGUGGGGGAGCAGCGGCGAGGAAGAGGAAGAAAGGGGAGAGGAACAAGGGCGCGGGGGAGAGAGUGCGGAGGAAAGGGUAAACGAGGGGGCACAGCAGCAGAGGCGGGAUGGGGACGUCGGGGAAAACCGUGGCAGGCGGAAGGGGAACAGACGGCAGAAAGGGGAGCGAUGGAAAAGCGGUCCCUUGCUGAGCUCGUCCGCUGCUGCUGCUGUGACUGCUGCGGCAGCAUCAGCAACAGCAGCUGCAGCAGCAGCCUUCCCGGCUUCCUCGAGUUUCUCUGACCGCAAUUCUCACCGCCUUCAGCAGCAGCAGCAGCAGCAGCAGCAAGUGUGGCGGCGAAAGCUGAGUGUUGAAACGAUAACAGGCCUCAAGAGUAGCACCGGUUCCCAGGCAGGCAGUGGGGGGGGUGAAUGGUGGAGUGUGGCAGAAGCAGUAGUAGAGAACGUGACUGGCAAGGCAUGUGAUGGGAUGGAGGGAGAAUGUGAUGGGGAGGAGGGAGAGCAUGGUGGGGCGAGGUGCAUGGAGCAUGGUGAGCUGAAGGAGACGGGUAAAGAGACUGGCCAUCAGGGGUAUGCAAGGGCAGGGGAGGGAGGCCAAGCCAAAGGAGGAAAGGUGAAUGGAGGGGUAGGAAGGCACGGGCGCAGCAGGAGCUUGGUGACUCUCCGAGCCAAGCAUCACAGCAGCACCAGCACCGCUUCUGGUGAUGACCUAGGCGGGGCGGACCUCUUCCCUGCAGCUGUGCCUGGCUCGUUCCUCUCUGCUGCCUCUGCGGCUGCCUCGGCUGCUGCCUCGGCUGCAGUGUGUGCGGCAAGCUCAGCAAGCCGAGUGGUGCUGCAGAGAAUGCAAGGGCCAGGGCCAGGGCCGUUCAGCCACGGCUCUACUACUCACACAGGGGUUGCUGGUAGCAGCAGCAGCGGGGAGGCAGUGAGGAGGCGGAAAGGCAGGAGCGUGAGCAGCAUUGGGUUAGACUUCCAGGCACACACACUCAUUCCCAGUGGUAGCAGCCACAAGGGGAAGGGUUUCCCCAGGCAUAGGCGUACUCUGGGUGAAUUCCACCACCAGAGCACCGUUCCUGCUACUGACUGUGAUGAUCUUGAUGGUGGUGUUGGUGGUGCUGGCAGCAGGAGUCCCAGCGGUGAUUCGCCUGGGAGGUUCCGCCAUUCGAGGCAAGCCAGCACUGGCAGCCGUGCCUUGGUUGCUCUCACCAGCUGCACCUUCCCCCGCGAUCCCAGCCCCCUCUCCUCCCCGGCUCGCCCUGCCACUGCCAGCCCUAACGGCCGUGCCAGCAGGGGGCAUGCAAGUAGUGGGCAUGCAAGUAGUGGGCAUGCAAGCGGCCAGAGAAGCAGUCUCAAGAGUCCUCUAGGGUCCCCCUCUCUCCACACACUCUCUCCUUCCCUCUCUCCGUCUCGCUCUCCCUCCCGCCGCUUCCCCACACUCUCCUCCUCGCCUUUCUCACGGUCCCGGCCCCCCUCCUCUCCCUUCCCUCCCUCCUCUUCCAUCUCCCCUGUAUUCUCCCCCACACUCUCGCCUACCCUCUCUCCCACUCACUCCCCCUCUCGCUCCCGCAACAGCAGCCCUGUUCCUCGCCUUCGGGCCUUGAACCUUCCGGGCCUGUUCCUCCGAGCCUGCAGCCCAGGCUCGUCACCCAACAGAGGCUCGUCGCCCAGCCGAGGCUGCAUGUCAGGCCCGGCGCCGAGCUGCUUUGGAUACAUGGGCAGUCCCCAAGGAUAUGGGGGCAGGUCACGUGGUAGUAGCAGUGAGAGCAGCAGCGAAAGUAGUGAAAGUGAUGGUGGCAGUGAUAAUGGGGAUGCGAUAAGUGGUAGUGAGGGUGGAAGCAGUGUUGGUAACGAUUGUGGGGAUGAUGGUGAGAGCGAAAGCAGUGGCAGCGAGGGUGGCAGCGGCAUUGGGGAUGAUGGUGGGGGUGAUGGGCCGAGCAGUCCUGCUGGCAGCAUGGUGCUGCAUUCCGAUGGUGAAGAGGAUGGGGAGGAGCGUGGAGAAGAGUGUGGGGAGGAAGGUGGAGAGGAGGGUGGGGAGGAGGGUGGGGUGGAAGGUGGGGAGGAGGAUGAGGAGGAAGAUGAGAAGGAGGUCAGUGAGGAAGGUGGGAAGGAGGGUGGGGAGGAGGAGGCUGAAGAAACGAGAGAGGUAAGGAGUGGAGAGGAAAAUGGAAGUGAGGGAAGAGAGGGGGUACAGGGAGAGGAGGGAGAAGGAGAGCAAGGAGGAGGAGGGGAGGGUGCCGUAACUCCGCUCAUCAAUGCUCCCACCAUCUCCCUUGGUUCCUCUAUCUCUCAACCUCCGACCCAGUCAAUCAGCUCAACACCUCAAGAACACAACCUCUCACGCCCAGCCACCCCAAUUACUCACCAGUCCAGUGCUGCUCGCAGCUUUCUCCAGGAGCUGAGUGCAAGUGCGAGCCAUUCACAGGGAGUGGGCAUGACUCGAAAUCCCUCGCCCUCUCGCCCAGCCACUGCUGUGACUCGCCAGCCCAGUGCUGCUCGCAGCUUCCUGCAAGAGCUGAGUGCGAGCCGGCCACAGGGAGUGAGCAUGGGGGUCAGCAGAGGGGGAGGGCGAGGGAACAGCGCGAAUGUUGUAAAUUUGACUGCAGGUGCAAGUGGUGUGGAGAGAGGCGGAGGUGGUGAUGUGAACAGUGAGCCUCUUGAAGGCGGUCAGUACAGAGGAGGCAGGCGGCGUUCCUUGUCUCCAUUAGGACCGCAGCCGUCCGCCAGUAGCCCAGGUCCCAACCCAGUGGCAGAUUGCAGGCCUGCUGCUGGCAUGCACAGGCAGCAGCAGCAGCAGCAGCAGCAGCAGCAGCAACAGCAGCAACAGCAGCAGCAGCAGCAGCAGCAGCAGCAGCAGCAGCAGCAGCAGCAGCAGCAGCAGCAGCAGCAGCAGCAGCAGCAGCAGCAGCAGCAGCAGCAGCAGCAGCAGCAGCAGCAGCAGCAGCAGCAGCAGCAGCAGCAGCAGCAGCAGCAGCGGCGGCGGCGGCAGCAGCAGCAGCAGCAGCAGCAGCACUACCAACCUCGGGCACAGCUAGUCCGCGCUCACAGCACUGCCGCGCCUCAUGCAAGCAGGGCAGCAGCAGCUUGUGCGAGUGGCAUGCAUGGGGAGCAGCAGCAGCACUCGCAGAUGCAUCUGGUCCGCGCUCACAGCACUGCGGCGCCUCUUGGGAGCAGGGCAGCGGCAGCAGCAGCAGCAGCAAGUGCCUCUGACGUGUACAGGCAGGAGCUCAACUCUCCAUCGCACCUGGUCCGCACUCACAGCACUGCCGCGCCUCAUGCAAGCAGGGCAGCAGCAGCAGCAGCAGGUUCCUCUGACGUGUACAGGCAGCAGCAGCAUCUCUCUUCAUCCCAGCUGGCCCGUUCCCACAGCACUGCAGCAGGUCCAGGAAGCAUUGCAGCAGCAGCAAGUGCAGCAGCAGCAGCAGCAGCAGCAGCAGCAGCCACAGCAGCAAGGGCUGCUGGGAUGCCUUUGGAGCACGUUCGUCGAGUCCCGUUUCUUCCCCACAUGCGGCCAGCACCACUUCGUUCUUCCAGUAUGAGCUUGAUGGGUGAGUCUAUUCAGGGGAUGAACGGGGAGAGGCAGCUUAUACAGGGGAGGGACGGAGAGAGACGGUUUACACAGAGGAUGAGGAGCGGAGGGAUGGUAGGAGUCAGGGCAGAGGGCAUGGGUGGUGGGAGGGAAGGAGCAGGACGAGGAGGAAUGGGAGGGAGAGGAGGUAUUGGAGAUGGGAGGGUGAUGCGGCCGGUGACUGCUGGAGGGAGCAUGGGUGUGGUGGAAAGGCAUGGCGUGAAUGGUGGUGGGGACAUAGGUGGUGCUGCCGGCAUGGGUGGUGGUGCAGGUAUGGGAAGCAGAGGUCGUGCUGGAAGGAUGGGCCCCAUGCACCAUGCACACAUGAACAGGAUGGGUAUGAGACGGUGUGGCAGCUUGAACAUGUCCGCUGACGUGGACGUGCCUUAUUGGGCUAGUCAUGCUGAUGACGUGGACGGGUUUCAAGAAGAACUGCAUGGAGGGGCAGAAGAUGGAUGGGGGAGUGGUGCUGAGUCAGCAGUGUGGAACCACGGACCAGCUUAUGUCAGCAUGCCACAGCGCCCGUACUCUUCCGGGGGGGCUCCCAUGGGAGUGGCUAGAGGGCGGCACAUGCGAGCUGCACCAAUGAGCAUUGGGGGAUCUGAUGUGCCUGUUGGGGGGUAUGCUAUGGCCAUGAGUGGUGGAGUGAACCUGCAUGGGAGGGACAUGGGCAUGGCCGCGAUGGCGUCCGCCAUGCCCAAGUCGCUGUCCGCGCGACGCGUGUGGUUCGACCAGUUCGUCUCGCCGGGUCGCGUGCUCACCGCGUCCGUGCUCGGACGACCGACAGAAAAACUCGAAUCGCUGUACAAAAUCGGCGGGUUACUAGGCCAGGGCCAAUUCGGCGUUACAUAUCUAUGCACGGAGCUGGCGACGGGCAAAGAGUACGCGUGCAAGACGAUUGCGAAGAAGAAACUGAUCACCGCGGAGGACGUGGCAGACGUGAAACGCGAGGUGGCGAUCAUGCACCACCUGGCGGGGCACAAGAACAUCGUGUGUAUCAAGGGCGCGUACGAAGACGCGUACGCGGUUCAUAUCGUCAUGGAGUUGUGCUCGGGCGGGGAGCUGUUCGACCGGAUCAUCAAGAGGGGGUACUUCAGUGAGCGGCAGGCGGCCACAUCGAUUCGCACGAUAGCGCGGAUAGUGGAGACGUGCCACUCGCUGGGCGUCGUGCACCGCGACUUAAAGCCCGAGAACUUCCUUCUCGCAGACAGGACGGAGAAUGCCGACCUCAAGGCCACGGACUUUGGCCUUUCCACCUUCUUCAAGCCAGGCGAGUUCCUAUCAGACGUGGUGGGCAGCCCGUACUACGUGGCACCGGAGGUGUUGAGGCGGCGCUACAGCAAGGAGGCGGACAUCUGGAGCAUGGGGGUCAUCCUCUACAUCCUGCUGUCUGGCGUUCCGCCAUUCUGGGCUGACACGGAGCAGGGGAUAUUCGAGGCGGUGCUGAGGGGGCAGAUGAACUUCGCCGUGAAGCCGUGGCCGUCCAUCUCCUCCGAUGCAAAGGACCUCAUCCGCCGCAUGUGCUGCCUCGACCCCGCCCGCCGCCUCACCGCCUACCAAGUGCUCUCCCACCCGUGGGUGGCUCAGGAUGGAGUAGCACCUGACAGGCCUCUGGACGCGGGGGUCAUAUCUCGCCUCAAGCAAUUUUCCGCAAUGAACAAGCUCAAGAAGAUGGCCCUGCGGGUGAUCGCAGAGUCCUUGUCUGAAGAGGAGAUCUCGGGGCUAAAGCAGACGUUUGAGAUGAUGGACACCGACAGGAGCGGCACCAUCACGUUUGAGGAGCUCAAGGCGGGGCUGCAGCGCAUCGGAGCGAACAUGCAGGACAGCGAGGUGCAGGAGCUGAUGGACGCGGCUGACUUUGACGGCAACGGGAUGAUUGACUAUGGGGAGUUUCUAGCGGCCACGAUGCAUUUGAACAAGAUCGAGCGGGAGGAGACGCUGUUUGCGGCGUUUUCGCAUUUUGACAAGGACAGCUCGGGAUUCAUUACAGUGGACGAGCUGCAGCAUGCUUGUAGGGAGUACAGCAUCGAUGAGGACUGCAUUGUUGAAACGAUGCGCGACGUCGACACCAACAAUGAUGGGCAGAUUGACUACAACGAAUUUGUGACUAUGAUGAGGGCUGGGAACGGUGGCAUUGGUCGGAAGAGCCUGGGCGGUAGCUGGACAAGUGGGAAGCUUCUGAGAGACUUGGUGGAAGCUGCACGGCAGCAGCAACAACAGCAGCAGCAACAACCAGAACCCAUGGUGUCUUGA